GUGGUUGAAGCUGUGGGAAAAGCUUCCCUCUCAGAUACUUUUCGCAUUCCGUGUUUGUAAACAAGCAAAUAUUACACAAAUAUCUUUAUAGAGAAGCCAAAAAAUUUAGUUGUUUUUUUUUAAAUAUGGAAAUGCAAGAGUUUUGCGAGAAUCUGGAAGAAUUGGAGGAUGAUACAUAUGAUGAGGAGAAAUCAGCUCGCACCUCGGAUGAAAAUCGCAAACAAAAUCACAGUGAGAUUGAGAAACGGCGACGGGAUAAAAUGAACACCUACAUCAACGAGCUCUCAUCGAUGAUACCGAUGUGCUAUGCGAUGCAACGGAAAUUGGACAAGUUGACUGUCCUGCGGAUGGCGGUGCAGCAUUUACGGGGGAUACGUGGAAGUGGCAGCCUUCAUCCCUUAGCCGACUAUAGGCCAAGUUUUCUAUCCGAUCAGGAGUUAAAAAUGAUCAUAUUGCAGGCAUCAGAAGGAUUUCUAUUCGUUGUUGGUUGUGAUCGAGGAAGUAUACUUUACGUCUCGGACUCUGUCUCGAGUGUUUUGAAUUGUACACAAUCGGAUCUAUUGAACCAAAGUUGGUUCGAUGUGCUGCAUCCCAAGGAUAUUGGCAAGGUGAAGGAGCAGCUAUCUUCUUUGGAGCAAUGCCCACGUGAACGUCUAAUCGAUGCCAAGACCAUGCUUCCUGUUAAGACAGAUGUUCCCCAAAGCCUUUGCCGCCUGUGCCCUGGCGCAAGACGUUCUUUUUUCUGUCGCAUGAAAUUGCGUGCGGCCAACAAUCAGAUAAAAGAAGAAUCGGACACAUCUUCCAGUUCACGUAGCUCCACCAAACGUAAAUCAAAGUUGAGCAUUGAUCACAAAUAUCGGGUUAUACAGUGUACUGGCUACCUCAAAUCGUGGACUCCCGUAAAAGAUGAGGAUCAGGAUGGCGAUAGCAAUGAUCAGACAACAAAUAUUUCGUGUUUAGUGGCCAUCGGACGUAUACCGCCAAAUGCACUUAACUCCAGUGUUCCAUCUUCGCUGGACACUCAUCCCAAUAUACGGCAUGUGCUUUUUAUAUCCCGCCAUUCGGCGGAAGGCAAAUUUCUUUUUGUCGAUCAGCGUGCAACUCUUGUCAUCGGAUUUCUACCUCAAGAGAUUCUGGGCACCAGUUUUUACGAGUAUUUUCACAGUGAGGAUAUUGGCGCACUGGUGGAAUCCCACAAAAUGGUCAUGCAAGUACCCGAGAAGGUAACCACUCAGGUUUAUCGCUUUCGUUGCAAGGACAAUGGCUACAUACAAUUGCAGAGCGAAUGGCGCGCAUUUAAAAAUCCCUGGACGAAUGAUAUUGACUAUAUAAUUGCCAAAAAUUCUGUUUUCCUUUAGAAUCGGAAUAAAAACUAUCUACAUAUUCAAAAAAAAAAAACUGACAAUUUUAUACAAAACACAAAUAAAA